GAGUUCCCGUGGACCGCAGUCCAAUCAUCGGCCGAUAAGAUUCGACGAAGGCAGGCAAAGCCCACACCGGGACAGAGUAGCAGCGUCCGUUCUUUCUCUCUGUCGGCGUCCCUGUCCGUCUCUGCGCGGCUCUGGUCACCGUCGAGGCCGCUCCGUGUUCUUCCUCUUCCUCUGGGCAAAUCCCUCGCUAUUUCUCUCGCUAGGAAGGGACCUGACCGUGGCGGCGUACUUGCUCUGGUCGCCGCGGUGCCGCUGAAUCCGAGCGGGCGGCUGUGCUACCUGGUGUAUGAUCGUGCCGGCCGCAAACGCCGUCGUCGUUCAGUCGAGGGCUCGGUGAGCCGUGGAGGAGCAGGUGGGUGAGGCGGAGUGCAUGAGGGAUUUGGCCGCUUUGUUUCUGAACUCGCCUUUAAUCUGGGUGCGGGGUCGGAAGGAGGAGAAGGGAAAAGAAGAUCCGAGAGUAAUAAAAGGACUUGGGACACCAGAAGUUGCAGUGAAAACAGCACGGGAAGGAAUCUAGAUUUUAUCAAGCUAGCAUCAAGAAAGUAACUGCAAACAAAAUCCACCAUUGACCAAUUAUGCAUGAUUCAGCUAUAGCUUCAAUUAGAAUAAAUUAGAGAUGGACUUCUUUCCGGACUAUGGGGAUUUCAACAGGUACAUAGUUCAGGAGGUCAUAGGUAAAGGGAGUUAUGGACUUGUGUGUUCUGCCAUUGAUACACAUAAUGGUGAAAAAGUUGCCAUCAAGAAGAUCCAUGAUGUCUUUGAGCACAUUUCUGAUGCUGCUAGGAUUCUUCGUGAGAUUAAGCUUGUUAGGCUUCUAAGACAUCCUGACAUUGUGGACAUCAAACACAUCAUGUUGCCUCCAUCAAGAAAGGACUUCAGAGACAUUUAUGUCGUCUUUGAGCUGAUGGAGUCAGAUCUUCACCAAGUCAUAAAGGUCAAUGAUGACUUAACGUGGGAGCACUACAAAUUUUUUCUUUAUCAACUGCUUCGUGCACUCAAAUAUAUCCACACUGCUAAUGUUUAUCACCGAGAUCUUAAACCAAAGAACAUACUGGCAAAUGCAAACUGCAAACUCAAAAUAUGUGAUUUUGGUUUAGCAAGAGUUGCAUUCAAUGACACACCAACGACUUUAUUCUGGACGGAUUAUGUUGCAACCAGAUGGUACAGAGCUCCUGAGCUAUGUGGAUCAUUUUACUCCAAGUAUACCCCAGCUAUUGAUAUAUGGAGCAUCGGAUGCAUAUUUGCUGAGCUCCUGACUGGAAAACCACUUUUCCCUGGUAAAAAUGUGGUUCACCAGCUGGAUUUGAUGACUGAUCUUCUAGGGACGCCUUCUUUUGAUACCAUUUCUCGGGUGCGUAAUGAGAAGGCAAGGAGAUAUUUAAGCAGUAUGAGAAAAAAACAACCAGUGCCCUUUUCACAAAAGUUUCUAAAUGCUGACCCUUUAGCUCUUAAAUUGUUAGAAAGGCUUUUGGCAUUCGACCCAAAGGAUAGGCCAUCAGCUGAGGAGGCAUUAGCUGACCCUUAUUUUAAUGGCCUGGCUAAAUUGGAAAGAGAACCCUCAUGUCAGCCAAUCCCAAAGAUGGAGUUUGAGUUUGAGCGGCGCAAAGUGUCAAAGGAGGACAUUAGGGAACUUAUCUUUCAAGAAAUAUUGGAAUAUCAUCCGCAGCUUCUCAAAGAGUAUAUCAAUGAAACUGAAGGAGUAAACUUCCAUUAUCCAAGUGCUGUUGAUCAAAUAAGGGAGCAAUUUGCCCACCUUGAGGAAAAUGGUGGUAAAACCAAACCAGUAUUUCCAUUUGAUAGGAAGCAUGUUUCUCUCCCACGAUCGACCGUGGUGUGUUCUACUGCCAUUCCUCCAAAGGAGUUUUGGGCAUCAUCCAAGAGAAGGCAAUUCAUAGAUGAUACAUCCGAAAAGCCUGGAGAAACUGGAUCUUUGCCUGUCAAUUUAGCAAGCACCUCACAGUUGCCUCAGGGAAUUCCAUUUGCUAAACAUGGGAGAGUGGUGGGUCCUAAGAUGCCAAGGAGGCUGGCAAGAAAUCAUGGCCUUCCACCACAGCCUGUCCCUUGUAAUGUUUCCACAGAGCCUCCGACAAUCCAGCAUGGUCAGAAAGGAGGAAUUCAGCAGAGGCAGAGAGGGUCCUGAUGGACACCACAUAGAUCCAUGCAGUCUGGCGUAGCUAUGAAUGCAAGAAUCCUCUUUUGCAUCUUGUUGGUUGAUUCAUCUAGAAUGACCAUGAACAUGUGCUGCCUCCAAAACCUGCAUACGAUGUGAUCUGCUGCCGCUAAUAUGGGUGUUUAGUGCCGAGCAAUUUUGCAUGGCAAGGAUAAAUUAUGUGCUAAAAAUAUGUUACGCAGUUGUAAUUUCUGUCAUUACUCUUCCAAGGCAGUUGAUGAGGGAUGAUGCGAUGAGAGAGAGAGAGAGAGAGAGAGAAGAUAGUGCUUAUUGAGAAAAAAGAGGUUGACAACGCCAGGGUAAAAGCUAAGAGUUACAUGCUAUUCCAUUAUGCCCCUUCUUUUAAGUGUUCUACUUCCAUAACACUGGUAGCUUUUGUGUAACAAAUGUACUAUUUGCUUUCUAGUUAUUUGGCUUUUGUUUUUA